AUGGUCUCUGCACCCGGCAGCGGUCUGCUUGGCCCAGCGCCCAGAGUCGCGCGGCCCGCGGCCGCGCUGCCCGCGCAAAAUGCGCCUAGCAUCGUGGUGGGCUCGCACCACAUGCCCUCGGCCUUGGCAGCCGGCGCGGCGUCGCCGCAGCGUUGGGCGCGGCUGCAGCAGAUCCUGGACCGCUUUGAGGUGUCCAUCGCGGAAGCCAACGACCUUACGGCCUUGGAGGACUAUGAGAUCGUGCUGAUCCUGGACGACUCCAGCAGCAUGAACAUGUCCUCGAAGCCCCCAGAACAUCGGAGACUUGGGGAGGCCAGCACCACGCGCUGGGAGGAGCUGAAGGAGUCGGCGGCGCUGCUGGUGGACCUCGCCUGUUGCUUCGACAGGUCCGGCGUCGACAUCUUCUUCUUGAACCGCGGGAUGAUUGAUGGCGUGAAGAGCGCCUCAGACCCCCGGCUGGUCAGCGCCUUUGCGGGCCCGGCCAAUGGGCGCACGCCGCUCACGGAAGCCUUGCGCACCGUGGCGGAGCACUGCCAAGGCGAGAAGCCCAUCUUGCUGCUCAUCUUCACGGAUGGCGAGCCCAACGACGGGGUGAAGAGCUUCGAGCGGGAGCUCAAGCGCCUUGUGACCCGGAAAAGCACGAGCACCACCUUCAGGGUGCAGAUCAUGGCCUGCACCGCGGAUGAAGACGCUGUGGGCUACCUGAACGACAUCGACGAGAAGUUCGAUGCCGUUGAUGUGACGGAUGACUACUUCAGCGAGAUGCUGGAGGUGCUGAAAAAGGCAAAGAGCCGCAAGCAGUUCACGCGUGGGGACUGGCUGAUGAAGGCAUUGCUGGGCCCGAUCAGCCGCAAGUUCGACGCCUGGGACGAGACUGGCAAGAAGGCCGGAGCUCGUAGCUUCAGCUCCGAGGAUUCGGAUGAAGGCUGCGUGCAGUGUUCUAUUUGCUGA